AUGGCCGAUGCGACCUUGAAUAAUGAACCAUCUGACCAUCCUGACACUCAAUCCUCCCCUCCUCCCUUCAAACCCCACCCAUCCGACACGCUCUAUGGCGGCUACACCCGUUUUGAACUGGAGCUCGAAUUCGUCACCAUGCUUUCCUCCCCCCUCUACCUCAACCACCUCGCCUCGCUCAAACUGCUCCAGGCUCCGGACUUCCUGGCCUACCUGACAUAUCUACAGUACUGGAGCCGACCGGAAUACAUCAAGUAUUUGAACUAUCCGGGGCCUACGCUUCGGGCGUUGGAGUUGUUGCAGGAGGAGAGGUUUCGGACGGAGAUUUUGAGUCCGGAGGUGGUGGGAAAGUUGAUGCAGGAGGGUGUCAGGGGAAGCGUGGAGUUUCAAGGACGGUGA